AUGAGUACCAACAGCGAUAACGCCGCUAGGCUCAACGUGCCCGAUGAGUUGAGAGAGUUGCUGCUCGAUUUCACGAUCGGGUACUUGCUUGAGCAGCCCAACAACCUCAUUGACUAUGGCAUAGAGUUCUUUGAAAAGCUUAAGAACACCAAGUCGUCCUCCAGUAUAAAGCAGCAGUCUGCUGGAGAUUUCAGCGACGAAGACGAUGCUUCAGACAUUGAAGCUCCACCAACACGUUAUAGUUCUAGACGUAAGUCAGUUUUUGCAGAAACAUAUAAUCCAGAAGAAGAUGAAGAAGAAGAGGGACCAAAUGUUGUGUUUCCUAAAUCUGAUGAUCAACGUCAAGCACUUGCAGCUAGUGUUAAAAAUAUAUUCAUAUUCAGGGCCUUGGAUCCUGAACAAAUGAAUAAUGUGAUUGAUGCAAUGUUCGAUCGUGAGGUACAUGCUGGAGAUGAUAUUAUAAAACAGGGUGAUGAUGGCGAUAACUUUUAUGUUAUUGAUAGAGGUACAUUUGAAGCUUAUGUCACGGAUGCAGAAGGUAAUGACCGUUUGGUACAUACGUAUGAACAUAAAGGUAGUUUUGGAGAACUUGCAUUACUUUAUAACAUGCCCCGUGCAGCAACUAUUAAAGCCAAGUCAGAUGGCCUUCUGUGGGCUAUGGAUCGUCAAAUAUUUAGACGUAUUGUAUUGAAGAGUGCAUUUAAAAAGCGUAAGAUGUAUGAAGAGCUCAUUGAAGUGGUUCCUAUGCUAAAAACAUUACAAUCAUAUGAGCGCAUGAAUUUGGCUGAUGCUCUAGUCCCUAAAUACUAUCAAGACAAAGAUUGCAUUAUAAAUCAAGGUGAUCCAGGAGAUGGCAUGUAUUUCGUAGAGGAAGGCAUUGUUAAUGUAUUAGUAACCAGUGAAACUGGUGAACAAAUUAAGGUUAAUCAAAUAGAAAAAGGUGGUUAUUUUGGUGAACUAGCUCUUGUCACUCAUAAAGGUCGUGCUGCAUCAGUGUUUGCUGAAGGAAAAGUCAAACUAGCAUUUCUGGACGUUGACGCAUUUGAACGUUUGCUGGGUCCAUGCAUGAACAUAAUGCAACGGAACAUCGAGGACUACGAAAAUCAACUGGUGAAAAUCUUUGGCUCCAAGCAAAACAUGACUGACGUCCGAUGA